AUGGCCUCCUCCGAGUCCCCCAAUCCCACACCUGCGGCCGCGGCCGCGGCCGCCGCGCGCCAACCGGCCCGCGACUUCCUCGCCCACCUCGAGGCCUAUCUCGCCCGCCGCGACGGCGUCGACAAGCUCCUCAAGAUCUCCCGCUACGCCGCACGCCUCGCGCUCGCCGCUGGGCCGCCGCUGCCCCCCGGCGCCUCCACCCGCCUCAAGUCCUUCGAGUCCAGCGUCGGCCUCAGCCGCAAGGCUUUCCGUCUCGGCAAGUUCGUGCAGUCCCUCAACGCCCUCCGCGCCCACCCGCAUCCUCCCCCGGCGCUCGCGCUACUCGCCUACGGCGGUGAGGGCGUCUACUACUUCGUCGAGCAGUUCGUCUGGCUCGCCAAGGCCGGGCUCCUGCCUGCGCACCUUCUCCCGCGCCUCCAGCGCCUCAGUGCCUGGGCCGAGCUGCUGGGCUACGUCGGCUCCAUUGCGAUUAAGCUGGAGGAGGCGGCGAAGAUCGAAUCUUCGAUAAAGAAGCGGCUCGCGGAGGACUGUGAUAAGGAGAGCGAGGCGGUGAAGACGAUGCAGGGUAAGCUGCUGCUGAAGCGGAUGUCAGUGGUGCAGGACGUGGCGGAUGCAGUCAUGGCGCUGGGAGACGUCACCGAUGGCAAGGGUUUGCUCGGGAGCUCCACGCUGAUGGCAUCAGCUGGCCUGCUCUCGGCGUUGAUCAGCACGCAUAAGAACUGGAAUUCUUGUUGA